AAUUCGCCUUCGCUAAUCUCGAGUUGGUACAAAUAUAUAAUAAUUCUUUCUUCAUUUCUCCUUUUUAGAUCUCACAUGAUCUUUCUCCAGAUCUGAUCCAGUUUCGAGCUGAGGCGAUCGUCGAUGGAGAUCUCAGGGCCGCUCACACCGGGGCAGGUGUCAUUUAUCCUUGGGUUCAUCCCCUUACUAGCAGCAUGGGCAUACUCUGAGCUAUUGGAAUACAGGAAGAAUUCAGCUGCUUUGAAAGGCAGCAGACUUUCAGAUGUAAAUUUGGUUGAGUUAAACAAUGCGCCAAAUGAUGAAGAUGACAGAGUUAAGUUAUUAGAGGGAGGUCUUCAGGCAACAUCUCCUAGAGCUCAUAAUUCAUCUACCUCUGGACAGCUUAUCAGAUUAUUCUCAAUGGACGAGGCGUUCUUGUUAGAGAACCGAUUGACACUAAGAGCCAUAUCUGAAUUCGGAGCUCAUUUGGUCUUUUUUUACUUGUGUGAUAGAACAAAUCUAUUUGGGCAAUCGGAAAAGAGUUACAGCCGUGACCUUUUCCUUUUCCUCUACUUUCUUCUCAUCAUUGUAGCAGCAGUGACUUCUUUUAAAGUCCACAAUGAUAAGUCAGCAUUCUCAGGAAAAUCUAUUCUUUAUCUCAAUAGGCACCAAACUGAGGAAUGGAAAGGGUGGAUGCAGGUACUGUUUCUAAUGUACCACUAUUUCAGUGCUAAAGAGCUCUAUAAUGCAAUCCGUGUCUUUAUCGCUGCAUAUGUCUGGAUGACUGGGUUUGGGAACUUCUCUUAUUAUUAUGUCCGAAAGGAUUUCAGCGUUGCACGUUUUGCGCAGAUGAUGUGGCGUCUCAAUUUCUUCGUAGCAUUUUGCUGCAUCGUCCUUAAUAACGAUUACAUGUUAUAUUACAUAUGUCCCAUGCACACCCUUUUCACCCUUAUGGUCUAUGGUGCACUGGGAAUUUUAAAUAAACACAACGAACAUGGUUCGGUCAUUGCAAUAAAGUUUGCUGCCUGCUUUCUAGUGGUUAUUUUCAUGUGGGAGGUCCCUAAAGUUUUUGAAAUUAUGUGGAGCCCGUUCACAUUCCUUCUAGGUUACAGUGAUCCAGAUCCCUCAAAACCACCAUUUCCUCGCUUGCAUGAAUGGCACUUCAGAUCAGGACUUGACCGAUAUAUAUGGAUAGUGGGAAUGAUAUAUGCUUACUAUCAUCCAACUGUUGAGAAGUGGAUGGAGAAACUUGAAGAAGCAGAAGCAAGGAUAAGAAUAUCAAUCAAAACAUGUGUUGUGACAAUCUCUAUGGUGGUGGGAUUACUGUGGUAUGAAUACAUUUAUAAGUUGGACAAGGUUACCUACAACAAAUAUCAUCCAUAUACAUCUUGGAUUCCGAUAACUGUUUACAUCUGCCUGCGAAACUUCACUCAGAAGUUCCGUAAUUGCUCCCUUACCCUCUUCGCUUGGCUUGGAAAGAUUACUCUGGAGACAUAUAUAUCACAGAUCCACAUCUGGCUCAGGUCAGCAGUGCCUAAUGGACAGCCUCGAUGGCUGUUGUCUCUCAUCCCCAAGUACCCAUUGCUGAAUUUUAUGCUCGUUACUGCCAUAUACAUUUUGGUUUCACACAGAAUAUUUGAACUGACGAACACGCUGAAGAUAGCAUUUGUGCCUAGUAGAGACAACAAACGCCUGAGGAAUAACAUGAUUACAGCAGCUGUUUCCGCGAUUGUCUUAUACUCCUUGGCCUUUGUGUUCCUCAGUGUUCCAAGAAUGCUGUAGCAACCGCAUCAAUGAUGAAUUUGAAGAUGGAGGUUAGGAAGCCCAACCCGAGGCAAUAGCGACAGGAAAAUACAGUUUAUGCUACAGGAGAACGUUCACGGUAAAAGGAGAGUAGGAGGUAUUUCGGUGAGUGUCAUGUGUUUUUUCCCCAAAUAUCGAAUCCAAUUUUAUCUGUACAUACAAAGGGUACACCCCUUUUUGUUUGAAUCAUGUAAACAUCAUUGGAACCUUAAUACGACGACCACAAAUUUCCAAGCAAAGCAACAUUCAUGAUUUUUUCUGUUCUUCCUCUGCCUGUAACAGUACUGUUUUCGACUUGUAAUUCGCUCUUACGGCAAAAGCUGUAAUAAACUGUUUGAUUGCGUAAUAUCUUAUUUUUUUGCAA